CUGAGAUACGGUACAGUUAGCCAUGGAUUCAGAAGCGGUUUUAUUGUUAGAAACAGUUAAUUUUGCUGCGGAAAAACAUCGUAAUCAACGGCGUAAAGAUCCAGAGGGAACGCCGUACAUUAACCAUCCAAUCGGAGUAGCAAGAAUCCUCAGCUAUGAAGGAGGAGUCACAGACAUUGAGGUUUUGCAAGCCGCUUUGCUUCACGACACUGUAGAGGACACAGACACCACCUCGGAGGAGCUGGAGGCCAAAUUUGGCCCGAUCGUAACUCACAUUGUCCAAGAGGUGACGGAUGACAAACGUCUGCCGAAGCAGGAGCGGAAGCGGCUGCAGGUGGAGCAUGCACCUCACUGCAGCCAACAAGCCAAACUGGUGAAACUGGCUGACAAGCUGUACAACCUAAGGGACCUGAAUGCCUGCAUGCCUGUCGGUUGGUCAGCUGAGCGGGUCCAGGAGUACUUUGUUUGGGCUGCCGAGGUGGUUAAAGGUCUAAAAGGAACAAACUUGGCUCUGGAGGAGAAGCUGGAGAAGCUGUUCAAACAGAGAGGGCUUCAACUCUGAAAGAGCAGCCUCACCUCACUGGAGACCAGACUGUUUUAUUUCAUUUAUAAGCCAUGAGAAUAAAUCUUUUUACCAGUA